AUGGCGGACGCAUUCCAGCAAGCCAUCAAAGCAUGGCACGACAUUGGGCUAAGCAAUCUACAGAAAACGCUUGAUGAGCAGGGCAUCAAAAUCAGUGAAAGCCAGGCGGAGGGCGUUGCCAAGAGGAAGGAACUCUCCGCUAAGACCAAAGAGUUCAAGCGCCUCGACGAGGCGGAGAAAAUGGCCAGUAUGAAGUCUCUUCUCAAAUUAUACCAGGCAGAGAUCGACAAUUUGACAAACAGAUGCAAGUUUGCCGAAAGCUGUUUCAUGAAUGUGUACAAGUUGAUGGCAGACGCCCCAGAUCCGGAACCGCUCCUUGAAGCGUCGUCGAGCUCGGUUCAGCAGGCGUCUGAGCUUGUUUCGUUGAAAGAAAAGAAUUCACAGCUUGAGAAAAAGCUUGUCAAGUACUCUGAUUAUGAGAAAGUCAAGGGAAAGCUGGUUGAUCUGGAAAUGAGACAGGCCGAAGUGACUGCGGAGAAGGUUACCGCCAAGCAGAAGGAAAUCGAGGCCAUCUGGGACGAGAAAUCCAAAGCUUGGGAAAGCAAAGAGAAGGAACUCAGCCAACAGGUCACAGAGCUCAAAGGACAGCUCAGUGUUGCCACCGCUCAGCUGUCAAAUCAAUCCAAUCGUGAUUUUACCGAUACAGAUCUGAAGCUUGCCGAGCUAAACACUACGGCGCGAGAACUUGAGAAAAUGUCGGUGAAAGUGAUUCAACUCGAAAACCGUAAUGUACAGCUACGAAAAGACCUCGAAAAUGCCAAAUCCGGCACGAGCGAUCUCGAGCUUCGUCAAACUUACGACGCAAAGAUUGCUCAAUUGGAGAGCGACAAUGACGUUUUAGCAGCUCAGAGCAACAACAUGCGUCAACAGCUGCUUGCUCAAAUUCAGGAAUUGAAGAAGAACCAGACAGUUUCCGAAGCAUCGUUGCAGAAAGCCAAUUCCGAGCUGCUAGCUGCUAAAACCACUUUGGCUCAGCAACAAGACUACGAACAGAUCAAGAAGGAGGUGGCUAUUCUGCGUGCUAUGGAGUUUGGCAACGACGAAUCUACGAUUGAAAGCAGCGAUUACGAACAGGUAUUGCAACUGAAAAACAACAAGCUGAACGAUGAGCUGGUAGCUUUGCGUGUUUUGAAUGAAAAGACAAGCAAAGAAAACAAGCAACUUCAGUCUCAAAUCAAAGAAUUCCAAGACCAAGCCUUGUCUCAUCGCCAACUAGUCGAAAAGCUUGAAAAUGAUCUCGCAGUAUUGCAUACCGAUGAUUCGGUUUCAACUGUUUCAGGAUGGACACCUGUUCCUCGACGCCUUUCCCCGGUCUCAUCAAUUGCCGGUCAAACCAACACAUCGGCAGCUCCUCAUCAAAACGUGGAUAUGCUCGGUAUAAUCACCCAGCAGCGCGAUCGAUUUAAAGAGCGUAGUCAAAGUUUGGAGGAAGAUUUGCGAAAGGCCACACUGGCUAUGAGCUCGCUCAAUAAAGAACUGGAAGCCGUCAAGCAAGACAAUAUCGCAUUGUACCAACGGUCGCGGUACGUCCAGCAAACCCAAAACAAGUCCAACAACCGUCUAAGAGGGGCCUAUGAGGAGGGCCUAAGUGCUUAUCAGCAGUUCAAAAGCCUGGAAACGGAACGGGCAAUGGCAGGUAUGAGUGCCUUCGACCGAGUCUUGUUUGCAAUAUUCCGUCGCGCCUUGCUUGAACCAAAGUUCAGAUACGGGUCUCUCGCCUAUGUAGCAGCCCUUCAUUUGGCGGUCAUAUUUAUAGCUCUGUGA